AUGUCAAAGAAUAUCGAAGAAAAUCGGUUCUUGUUUGUCACAGAACGCGAUGUCGAGAGUGCCAGAGAGAACAGGACGCCUGAAAAUACAACAAGGCAUGCUUUAUGGAGUAGCAAUGUCUAUAAGAAAUGGGCUGAAGCGAGAAACAAGGAGUUCAGGGAUUUUGUUCCUGAGAAUGCUGAGUUUAAGCAUGUGCCAAACCUCGAGGAUUUAACGGUGAAGAAAAUUAACUAUUGGUUUAGCAGAUUGGCGUUAGAAGUACGAAAGGUUGAUGGAGGGGAAUACAAGCAUGAAGUUUUGUAUAGUCUGUUUUGUGGCUUAAAUCGAAGUAUACAAGUCAAACAUCCAGCGUUGAAUAUGUCCAAUUCACCUGAGUUGAGACCACUUCAACAAGCGCUGGACGGGAGACUAAAGGAACUACAAGCGACGCAAAAGCCAGGUAAAAAGACAGCAGCUGCAGUUUCCGUUACCGAUGAAAGGCAGAUGUGGGAUGCUGGCGUGCUUGGGACUGGCUCCCCGGAUAGUAUUAUCAAUACGCUGUUAUUCUUGACCGGGAAGUUGUUUGCUCUUCGAGGUGGCAAGGAGCAACGAGAAUUAACGCGUGAUCAAUUCGAAUUUGUUCAGUAA